CAACUCUGUUACAAUUCUAUUCUCUCUCUUUCUCUCUCCCUCACCUCCCCCUCCCAUUUGUGGCCUCAUCCCAAGAUCUGUGCUGCGUGUAUUCCCUUUGCAGUAGGCAGGAGUGUUUCCUUCAAUUCUUUUUGGGGAACUUCCUUUUAAUUCCUCUGUGCAUGAACUUUAUUUAUUCAGCCUCUCCAUUUUAUCUGUCCUCUUACUGAAUAUCUCUCGAUUUCCCAUCCCUAAUCGUAUUUCUUUCCUUGCCAGUUCUCCGGGCUGCAGUUUCUCUCUGAGAGAAACCCAUAGCUCACAGGAGGUAAGGCAGGGGAAGAAAAACAAGAUUGCUGGCCAGUCCAUUCAUUUUUUUGUGAUGUUAACAAGGAGCGAGCAGGGAAAGCUGUGUGUGUGUUUUUUCCUUUUCGACCCCAAAUUCCAACAAAUAUCCCAGUGCAAUGGGAGGAGGAUUUCCAGCUGGCUAAGGAAGACAACUAACAAUUGGCUGCUCUCACACCCUCCUCCUGUUCUUCCCAUCCUCAGAAGCUAAGUUAGUGAAAUAGCCAGAAGCAGGACAUGCAACACCGUCCUAAAUUGCAUGUGCUUUAUCCCGACCGAUAGGUUGAACCAGGGCACGUAAAGGCUCUCUGCAACCCUUCGGAGUCUCAUUAAGAGAGGCCUUCAGGCUUAAAUAAAGAGAAAAAAAAGAGAGAGAGAGUCCUUUUCAACGCUGAGCAACUGUUCCAGAAGAAGACAAUGCUCUUAAGCUGGGUGGUGGUGUUGACUUGGCUGACUUCUCUGAAGAUGUUUUCUGUAGCGGAGGAUUCAGCCCUGGAAGAAGCCUGGAGAGACUGGAAGACGACCUACGGCAAAGUAUACCCCGAAGAAGAAGACGUCUCCCGGAGAGCCACAUGGGAGAAAAACCUGCAGAUGGUUGAGCAGCACAACCAUGAGGCCGAUGAGGGGAAACACACCUACUGGAUGAAGAUGAACCAGUUUAGUGAUUUGACGGAUGAAGAAUUUAACCGCCUGAUGGGAGGUCUCCAUCCUGAUUCAGUUGAUCCUGACAAUGCUUCUCAAGGCUUUCCCCAAAUGCCAGACAUUCAGCAGACAGCCAAGCCCAAGAAAUGUCACCAGAGACAUUAUGGCACUUCAAGAAAAGACCAGCUGGCGGUCGCCUACAGAAGAAGGCUCGGCAAGCAUCGUUCUGACAAUUUUGGGAAGUUUUGCCUCCUAUCCAGCAACGGAACCAAGAAACAGCUAGGAAGGCGAUGUGGGUGCAUAAGCCGCUAUCGUCGGCGUUGCCAGAAAUGUUGUAAGCUGGCUUUGUAGUCAAAACAAGGCUGACUCAAGAUUGCUUACAGUAACGUAAGCAGGAUUAAAAGAAUCUAGCGGAUAAUUCCUGUCUGCCAGGCAAACAGAUUCCCCCCAGAGAGAGCUGUCUCUCCCUUUUGGCUCUAAUAAUUUCCUAGUAGACUUCCUUCCCUUGUCCUGCAACAUGGCAUUUAGGUCCGAUAUGCUGUUUUCAUCUUUUUAUUAUAAAUUUUUACAAUUUUACAAUAAAAACCUCUUUCCCAAUCCCUCCCAACACACCCCAAAACCCUCCCUCAUUCUUCCCAGAGCUGAAUACAGGGUUAACUAGAACUUAAAAGAA